GUCGGUGGCGUUAGUGGAGUGAACGGCGGCCCACCAAAUGGCUGCAUGCCUCGGCGCGCUGCCCCAGCAGCUGUCCGGGCCGGAGGAGGGGAAGGGGUCCCGGCGCUGCAGCGGCCACUUCCAGCAGCGUGCAUCCAGAGGGUGAAAGCCUGGAGCAGAUACACUCGCCGGGGAGGCCGAGGCGGUGACCGUUUGGGGAAAUGUUUCCUGCGCUCUCUCUGCCGAUGGAAGCGGAGCGCGGCCGGAACAAGGAGCGCCUGGAGGCCAGCCUGGCCGGCCUGUGCGAGCUGGAGCUGCUGAGGCGGCGGCAGGAGGGCAGGGUGCUGAGCGCUCUGAGCCUCGGGGAUCCAAACCCACACCCCGGCCCCGAGGACCCCGGGGAGGACCCCGGCGUCGGCCUGCACACCAGUUCUCCCUGGUGUGUCAGCCUGUGUUUGGAGCAGCAGAUAGCAGAGCUGAAGGUGAACACCCCGCUCACCUCUGGAGAUCCCAUCCAUGAGGACCACAGUCCAGGAAACUCUCUUGUACCCAAGCAGAGCGGAUCCAUUGAAACCAAAAACCAGCCUGUGAACUCAUGUGCUCCAUCCAUCUUUAAGGAGUUAAAAGAACCCAACACUGGAGGAACAUGGCUGUCCGACCCAUUAACACCUGAUGGAAAGUCAGGGAAUGUCAACAUCAAGCAGCAAAAUCAUCAACCAGUCCAGAAAGUUGAGACUUACAUACUGGGAUUGAUCCAGCGCAGAGCUUUAUCCACACGGCCUGCGAAGCCUCGUACGAGCCUGCCCAGUGUGUUCAGGCAGAGCAGUUUGUGCCGCAAGGACGAGCAGCUUCUAAUCAAGCCGCAGGGCACUACUCCAUCUCUCUCUGAAGGAAUUGCUCAACAAGCCUACCUGAACAAUGACCAGGAGCAUUACACAAUGAAAGGUGUGAAAAAAGAUGCACCAAACCCGUACCAUCACCAUCUGGAGCCAAAUGUCCAGCAUCAGCUGGGGCUUUACAGCACACUGCAGCAGCCCGCCAUCAGCCAGGCCACUUCAUCCUGCAGCGUGCUGCAAUCCCACCAAGACUCUGACCCCAGUGACCCUGAUUCAAGCCAGUAUUUUCACAACUACUCUUCUUCUCCUCCAGCUGUCACGAUGCCCCACCAGCCAUCGUCCAGAGAUGAGCAGCUGGUCAAUGCAGAGUAUAUUCCAGCUCAGCCGUGCCGGGCCUCCACCCGGGCAUUCGCGCAUCGCCACACCAACCCCUGUAAGGGCCGUGGAAUGACCAAACUCAACCGGAGUACAUAUUCUCAAGAGAGAGGCCAUCAGCAGCAGCAGCAGCCCACAGUCUCCCAUAUCCAACCGUCUAGAUCAAGAGGGGGCCCAAAGAAGUGCCGGUCAAACGAGGACAGAAGCGGCAGGAAGGCAGUAAAGAAAGCGUGCAGGUCUCAGUCAGAAUACAGUCUGCAAAGAGCUCCAGAAAGAAAGUACAACACAGUGGAGAGAGAUGGCGGAGGAAGUGGAAGCGGUGGAAGGGGAAGUCGCAGCAGUCAGUCCAAGAGUAAAAAACACAAACAAGGAUGUGGUAGCUACAGGCGCUGGCAGUCCAGUCUGGAGCUCAGCCAAGAUGAAACUGAUCUGCCACUGGUACAAGCCACCACCCAAAUCUUGGCAGCUUCAAGCCAAAGAGACCACUGUCCAAGACGCACACGCAAGUCACGCCUUCCAAAUGCCUCGCCUGUCCAUCCCGACAACCACCACCUCCAGUCCCAUCAGCAGCAUGGAGAGUAUCACCGGGCCAGUGAGGACUACCCCCACCCCUACCAGGGCGACUCUGAGUCCAGCCUGAGUGAGGCUGACUCUCCAGAAUCCAGCUCGUUGUCCAGUGACUCCGAUGAAAGUGGCGGUCUUGUUUGGCCUCAGCAGUUAUCUCCCCAGACGUCCAUCCCUGUGCCUCCAGUCCAGCCUGGUGCACCUCUGCAUCCAAAAGCAUUUGUCAAGAUUAAGGCCUCACAUGCCCUUAAGAAAAAGAUUUUACGUUUCCGCAGUGGUUCACUGAAACUUAUGACGACCGUAUGAAGUGGAAGGUUUUCCAAACUGAAGUACUGAACAGCAGAGUUUAGUUAGGUAAAUUUCAGUGAAGAAAACAGCAUUUCCAUUACUAUGUUACUCUGCUGUUUCACAAUUAAACUACAUCUGAAAACAGAAUAUCCACUACCCAAGGUGACUUCACCUCAUGUUGGCCCCCCAGGACCCUCAGCUGAACAGAGGCAUGGGUGUAUGAUGGAUGGAUGGUGUCGUGGAUUUUUAUUUAAAAGUGUCCUAGGCCAGCUGCGAUGCCAAAAACCCACAAACCUGAAAAAUCUUAAAAUCUUCAAUCAUAUCCACUCUUGGUUCUUCCAGGAAAAAUCAGAGUCGGAGUCAGAAUGCAUGUAGAGAGCUUUAUUACUAAAACUCCCGGCAACCAGCAUGACCAUCUGAAACUGGCGCAAAGACUGAGCUCAGCCUCGCCCUUUAAUACUGGAAGGACACCUGUGCCUGUUUGACACUUAGUGGGGACGGUACACAUACUAAACACUCGUAGUGAUAUCACUCCGUAGUGAAUGUACACCUCUUGGCACAGCUGCAAACCUGUUAGUUCCCUCUCUCCUUCCUUCACAGAGGUGCCCAGUCCUUGACCCCCCCCCCCAGUCCUCUCUAUCAGGACUUUCAGCUUCUCCAUACAUCUCACACCAGAGCCAAGUACUUUCUAACAUUUCAUAUAGUUCUUCGUUGCUUGACAUGUGGGUCCCACUUGUGAAAAAAAGGAAAAAGGAGCCCAGACCAGGUGGCCUCUGCCUCUGAAAAAAAGAAAAACAGACUGGCAGGCUGCCAGGUGGAUGCCAGUAAGAAAAAAGGAAAAAAAAGGCAUGCAGAAAAAACAAAAAGACAGGCAAACUAAUACUUGGGUUUUGUGUCACACAUAAUACAUCUUUUUCACACCUGUUUUACACAAACACACUACUUAAACAGAAACAUGCAUAAUAUGAAUAAUACUGAAUAACUGUUAGAUAACAUUGCAUUGACUUCAACAUGGUGGAGGACAUUAAUGAGAAACUCUAAUCAAGAAAUAUUCUACUCAAAUUAUAAAUCCAAAAGAGCCAGAAGUUACCAUAUCUGUCAGUGGUUUUCCACGAUGAUAAUGAUGUUCGACAACUUAUUGACUUUGCAUGGUGCAUUAUAUGUUUAUGUGUAAUAAUGUUCUGUCGUUGUUUUCAGUGUACAUAGUAAAAAUCUGGUGCAUGUUUGAGGUUCUGAUUAUCAAUGGAGGUUUUUUCCUCUGUUGAAUCUCACACAUAUCUGAUAUCUGCCAGUGAGAAGCAGUGUGGAGGAGCGUUAUCCAGCUCAGUGGACAAAUAACCUGCUUCAGGUAUUUUCACUGUCAGAUUGCCAAUGCUGUUGCUCACCUCCAAACUGGAGAUUUUCAAACCAUAAGGUUAGGGUUAGGGUUAGGGUUAGGGUUAGGUGUCAGUGGAGGGACGUCAUCGGAAAUCUGAAGUUUCUCAAAACCUUUAAAAUGUUUGGCUAUUCUUAACAUUCAGGGGUUUGAAAAAGGCGUUGAUGUAUUAAAGUACUGAUAUUUAUGUGUCAUAACAGUGACACCAUAAAGACACGAUUUACCAGAUGAAUCCAGACAGUUGUUAAGCAGCUCUUCCACCUGCAAUCCAGUUCCACUCAAUGUGUCCCAGAGAGCUUCAAGAUGAUCCAGACCUCUCUGUCGUGGCUCCCUGCAGCUUUCACCAAAUUAUACGCCAAUAUUUUGAAUCUGUCUGAAAUUGUGUUGCAGCCUAUGAGAAUCUUAAACAAACAAUGAAAAAGACAAAAAACAUACCUUGGAUAUCAGACGAUCAGCAGAACAGGGUCGCACUUUGAGCUUUUUGCCUGAGGGUGUUAUUAGAAACCUGCAGCUUCAGCUCUGGCUUCUAUUGGGAUGUUCUUCUUCACAAACCUCUAAAGACGUGAAAUGAUAAAUGGACCACACUCCUCUCCUGCAGUGGAUGGUGCUCAGUCCACUGGAGCAGUUCAGGAUUCAGUUCCAUUACAAGGAGCAAAGAUCUUUAUAGAAACUUUCAAAGUCUGAUGUUUCAUAACACUGCUUCUCCAAAAAAACUGCACCUGAAUAGUUUGUUUUCCUGUUCGGAUUAUACUGUUCUUAUUCAGUAUUCAUGUAAAUAUGAAAAAAAAAACUGUAUUACAAUGUCACUUUGAGUUUUGGCAGACUGAUUCUUCACUGUGUUUUCUCUAAAGCUGUUUACUGUUGCUAAUG